GACAUGUAGAGAUGGUAUCUGUGUGACAGCGACCGCGUUAAGCGCCUAUAAACGGCUCGUUUCGCGGAUGGUUCUGGAGCUGUUUUGUUCUCCUUGUGCCGAGCUCACAUGUGAGCUGUUAUGCAACAGCUCAGAGCAUGCAGAUUACUACAGCUUGCCUCUGCUGUUGUUCUGCUGCAGUGAUGCUGCAAAGCUGCCCUGCAGCCUACGUCUCUGGUCAUGAAGACAUUUCAAGCAUUUGGUAGCGGCUGUAAAGCACCAUGAUGGAUGAGCUGGUGCAGGACCUGGUGUCUGCACUGGAGCAGGCCUCAGAGCAGACCAAGUUAGGGGAACUGUGGGAAGAAAUGGUCCUGAGUCCACUACAGCACCGGCGACAGAUCCGCCGGCGCAGGGGUCGAAAGCGCCUUCAUGAGUCCUCCGUCUAUCCGGUAAUGCGCAGACAUUGCUGGAUUGAGGCUUCUGAGUCCAGUCUGGAUGAGGCCAAAGAAUACAGGGAGAACAUAUCCUCCACUUUCACCACAGCUGUGGCAAACUAUAGCGACUCAGACGAUAUGGCCACCACUGACCACUGGCCUCGUGUCGUCAGGGGUCCUGUCAGAUCCAGGCAUCCGUCUUGGCCAGAGUCCGAUUCCUUUACUGACAGUAAUACAGGACAACCGCUCAGAAGGCGCAGGAAGGUCAAGCGUAUGACUUCAAAUAUGACAGUCAGGCUUCAGCAGAAGUUACAAGACGGAAAGAAGAGGCACAGACCAUCUAAGGUGCAACGGUUGUCGGGAUCUAGGAGGAGGUCUAGCAGUUGGACAAAAGCAGAGAGACAGGCUGAAGAAGGCAGAAUGAUGGGAAAGGAGUGCUGGAAGAGAAAGAUAGCAAAGGAACAUAGAGAUGCUCCAGAUGAGAACAUGUCUGAUGGGGAAACCAGCAGCACGUGCAGCAGUGACCCCGGGCUGUUCACCAAUGAUGAAGGAAGACAAGGUGAUGAUGAGCAAAGCGACUGGUUCUUCGAAGGGGACUGUGGAGUCGGCCUGCUGCCCAACUGGGACUCUGACAGCACGCUUUCGCUUGAGGACAGACAAUCCUCUUCCAACUUCCUCCAACCCACACGACGCUCUAUCAAAGGUGGUGGAGGGUAUCAUUCACGUCUGAAACGACUGCCUUGCUCUGCUGCCUGCUGCAUCAGGCAGGACCGGAAACGUCUUCCUAGAAAGAGCAACAAGGUGCCAGUGUUUGUAGAAAGACUGAGACAUCUCUCUGCAGAUCAUUGUCAGAGAAAUUUUUGGCUGCCUUCUGUUGGAAAGCAAGACAGAAACCAGUUGAACCCUUUGUGCCAAUUACCGAUGUGUCCAAGAGACAUGAUUUCAGAGGGCUCCCAUCUCAGAUGUUCCUCCUCAGCCAUCAGAAACAGGCAGAUUAAUUUCGUUCCAGGGCUGUUGUUCUCAGCAGACGUGAGAAGGAAGAAAGAAACAGAAGCUGCAUUCCUCACAUCAGCUAACAAUCCAUUUAACAAAGAUCCCCAGAGAGAAGAGGCAAGAGGAGGUGCCUGCAGUAACACACCAAACCUAGAAGCAGUUGGUUCGUCUGAGAGUUCGUCUUUACUCCAGGGCAACCAUGAGGACACUUAAAAGAUGCUUGACAGACACAUCUAAUUCCUAAAACAAUUGUGCCUAAAAACGAAAUGGCUAGAACACCUUUCUACACCACAAACUUUACAACAAAGAAAGAAAAAUAUGAGGCACAUCAUUAGUCUUCAAAUCAGCAUGUUUCUGCUCGAUCCAGCCAAUCCACGUAGUAUAUUUAGCAUGACAAAUGUUAAUGCAAUCAAGCCUUGUUAAGCCGUCCUCCUCCCUACGGAAGAAGGCAGCUUCAAGUGGCUCCUCGUUCAACUUGAGACUUUUCACUACAUCAUCCAGUAAUUAUGUCCACUGCUGUAGCACAGCACUUGUCAGCAGGAACCUUAGAAAGUAUGGUCAGCUGAGGCUCGUUGGCCAGGGGACGUCUGUUCCACGUAAGGCAACCAACAGUGGCUGUAAAGCAGCUAGCUCUGAGGCAGAUGAACAUCACAAUGUUUAGCUGCCACAUGCUGUUGCAGGGUUAAGAGAGGCGGCCACCGCUGGCGAGCCACACAAAGUACAGGCCUCCUAUUAGCAUGGAUUUGAAAAGCUACAGUUGCUACAAAGGUGCUCAUUAGCACAACACAGAGGGAGCGUAGUCAUAGUCCUCGGAGGCCCACGUCUGUUCUCUUCAGGUUACCUUCUAUAUUCAAAUUUUCCCAAACAGAUUUAAAGUUCAAGGCUUGCUGCAAGUCAUUUGAAAAAGCAGUUUUUCAGCAACGCUGGCUAAGUUUCUUUUGGAUCUCUGGGCGCCAGCAAGGAGUUGGAGGAACAACAGGAAUCGGGAAAGGAGGGUUAUACAUAGGAUUUUCACAACCCCUUUGGGUAUAUUGUUUCCAAGUGUUCUCACCAUUAGAUGCAUUAAAAGAUCAAUGACAGCAUAUAGGCUGAGUGAAAUGACAGCAUACAAGUGAAAGCAAAGCAAAUAAAUAGGUGUAUACAAUGAUGUGCACAGGAAUACCUGUCGGCACCCCUGGUAAAGAUGUGUAAAAAUCAUUCAAAUAAAUUCAACAUUUAGUGUAGUAGCAUUCAUCUCACAUGGAAAAUGUAGAACAUUCUAACCUGUAAUUUAAAGACAUGUAUUCAGUGAUGAAAAAACUCAUGUUAAUACUUUGUACAGCCUGCUUUUUUUUGCCAGUGGGACUAUUUGUAGUCUCCUAAAACAUUUUACAAGGUUGGAUCAUACAGUAAGAAGGAUCUUUGAGAAUUUCUCUGCAGUCUCCCCAGAUGGUUCAGUGUCCCGAGCCACUGUUAUGCCUCCUUUUGCUGCUUUUCCACAUAUUUCUGCUUCUUUUUCAAAUCAAACCCCACUUGAGCAUUUGUCACCAAAAAUCUUGCCAUUAUCUGACUGAAGCACAUGAUUCCAGUUAAAGUAGGUAGAGAGGUAGCAGAUACAGAAAAGGCCCUUUCGUUGGCAUCACUCCCAAAUAACCAGUCGGUAUGUAAAUCGUCUCUUAUGCUUGUUAUGGAGACUUGGUGACAGCAACUAUUAAGGCUUGCUUGAGAAGUGUUCCAACAGGUCCACGAUGAAAUGCACAAGCUUCCCAAGAUAUUUGUAAGAUAAACAGGCCAACACCAUCAAGUAGUCUUCCUUAACUUCACAACAGACCCACCUGGAGUGUUUGAUGUAGAAAAGUUCAAUCUUUGCUAACAUGGUUCCAGUUCCAGUUAAAAUCCCAGCAGAGUUUAACCAACUUUACUUUAUUACUUUUGUUAUGGUAGGACAUGAAAGGCCAUUGCCUGGAAUCACUCCCAAGCACAUGGUUUUUAAGGAGACUUGGUGACCUCAAGAUGUCAUUUUACGCUGCAGUUAUCAUCCUGCUCACUGUGCAAAGAGGCAAAAUAGUCGUACGUCCCUGUCCAGCCUACUAGCCAGUGGUUAAAAGAAACAGGCCUCUGUGAAAUGCCAUAUCUGUGCCACAGAUAAACAUAAAGUCACACAUCACUGAUUAGGAGUUCCUGAAACUCUUUAAAAAAUGUAAUUAUAAAUGAAAAAGAAAGCUGCAGUUACAUUUCUUCUAAAGGGAUUUUUAGAAGUACCUAUAAUAGUGCCACCGGUGAUUUUGUUGAACACAAUCCUAACCUGGGAUUUGGUUACCCUUUGUUUAUUUGUACUCAAAAGCUGGAAUUUUCUAAUUUUUCAGUGAGAUUAUGCUGCUGCAAUAAAAGAUGAAUUAAUUCCAGGUGUUUUUCCCAGGUUACUAACAAAGUUUAUUAUAGCCAAAAAUGCUUAUAAUCAGUAAAAACUGUAAAUGCAAACCACUUAUUCUGUUAAAACAAGUCUGAAGGUGUUAAUUUGCUAAACAUUUUUUACCAAAAGUUAAUAAAAUUUUUAAAUUUAUUCAUCUAUCUUUUUACAGAAAUUCACAGCAUAGGCACCAACUAAAUGACUACAUGUCUUUUCAGAAAUUUUAAAACCUUUUUAAAGAGAAGAAUCGCAUUUAAUAAAAUGAGAUUUGCUAAUUAAUAUGAGUUAUAUGCCUGCAAUAAUCUAUGUGAGAAAGAUUUAUGUGACCAUGCUAGGGAGGGAUGACAUUUAUAAAUGCUGUGUGGGUGCAGUAGUUUAAAUGGAGGCUGCCACAGAAAUUCAUCAGUGUUUGGAUCUCAGCAACCCCCUCAGCCACUGCUGGUUUCCCUCCUUUUCACAUCAGCAAAAUACACCUGGUAAAUAGGAAUUGCGCAGGUUAGUGUUUAUUGUAUAACGAAAAAAAGUUGUUAAUAAAAUUAGAAACUGGUUUUUAUAGGUGUCUGCUUCUAAAUUGGUUGAUAUAACUAGAAGAGCUUUGCACUGUUGGCCUAAUUGACAGUGAGUGUUUUGGUGCCAGGGCUUUGAAAGACUACUCAAGAUGUUUUUCCAAACCUUUUUCAGGAACCAAUUGAGUUUUCGGGGCUGUUUUUUAGUCUAUAAACUCCUUCUCAUUAUAUUUUCUGUUAACUACAGAUUAUACACUAGGAGUAAUUGGUUAUUUUGUUUGCAAACACAACAUUUAAUCCAAUCCCUCACAUCGAAUAUGGCAGUGUUUUGCAGUGUUUACAUUCAAAUACGUUACUUAAAAAUCAGCUAUCCUUAGAGUUAACUUUUUUUAAUGGAAGCAAGGUCUUUUGCUUUCAGUGUCUGAAAGCUCAGGGAUUAACCUCCCAUCAAAGCCAUUUUUAGGGAUGUAAAAGUGUUUAUGUAUCAGAGGGUAAGCCCUGUGAAAUAAUCACAAGCUAUGUAAAACAAUCAGAAGUAAUGCUGACAGGAGUUCUCUCAUCUCUGGCCCAUUGGCCAAAUUCAUUUAGUUUGUUACACCUUUCCAUAAGGACAGGGUUAAUCUACACAAGUUAUAAAGUAAAACAGUUGUGACAAAAUCAUCAACCAUUAUAGUUUUAUAGAUGGAAAUCACAUUUUCUUUUUGAACUGGAACUCCUUUCCUGCUGUACUGGACACAUUUCUUUCAAAUUUCUUUGUAAUGAAAUUUUGGGAUCCGUCAGGACCAACAAUAAUGCAGUAGAAGGAAUGUCUCAGCAUCAGUGUGUGUAAUUUAUGGUAACAGUCCAGUUGUGGGGGAAAAAGGUAUACUGCGUCCCAUAUUGUGAUCUGAAACAUAUUUCCUAGAACCUUUUUAUUUCCCCCUGGCUGUCAGUUGUAUGGUUUUCCACUGUGGGACUUUAACACAACACAAAGGAGAGAAUAGGUUAUCUGAUUUUACUUAUGUAAUUGAAUGUAAUCACUGUGGGUUUAAAUGCACUAUUGGUUAUAAAAAAAACUCCUGUUGUAAAACUCCACCUGUUGUUUAGGUUUUAUCCAAAAAGUACACCUCGCCACCUGGCCGAUUUCCCCAGGCUAGAUUCUACCCAGGUAAUCUGGUUUGGCGAUGGUUACUGCAGUAGAACUGAAGCGGGUUAAAGAAUGAUUCCUUAUUAAUACUUUGGUUCCUGGGGAAGGUUCACAUCAAGAUGCAUCAGUUCCUGCAUGGGUCAGUCAGGACCAGGAAAGGAACACCCAACCUGCCACAAAAUAAUUAGCAGCCACCAUAAUGACACCUCGCCCAGACCUUAUGCCUCAAAAUUAAUUUACAAUGGCUUGGAAAUAGGGGAAUGGCAUCAGUGGAGCUAGUCAAUUGUCCUGUUACAGUUAAGGAAUCCAGCAGGCUGGUACCACUCAUAUUUCAUCCCAGGUAAAGAUUACCUGUCAGGCCCAUGGGAGAUGUAUUGAUCUGUUUUCCUUUUUCUGCCAGCAAUCACCUGACAAAGGCACCCAGGAGGUGAGUGAAUGAGUGAUGCCUGGUCGGCCUGGUCUAGCCCAGUGGUUUCUGUUGUCCACUGAUAGGUUUUAGAGCUUAUGAGGAAGAGCAGCAACAAUGUCGUCAUAAACUCUGCUUAAAACUCGCCUGCAUGCGUGCAAAGCAAUUCCCUCUGUUACAUGGGUCACAGGUCAGUGGGGAACUAGCUUUUUUUUUGAUUCCUUUCAUGUCGGUGGCAUUUGUUCCUGUGGUAAUGAUGACAGUGUUUGCAAAAAAGGCCAAUAUGGUUCCUGCUGACAUGUUGCAAGUCAGCUUAGUUCAGCUAACUUUGGAUUUCACAAGAGAUCCAGUUGGUUUGGACGGGCUUUUAAUGACAAAAUCCCAGCUGGCUCAUUUUUCCCUGUCUUUCUGAGAAUUAUCUUUCUCAAUAUAUGGUUUCUUGGCAGCUAAAGUAUUUAUGUAAUUGCCUUGAUAGAUAAAAUGUAUGUAUUAUCAUUGACUGGAUGUAUCUAAACUUAUUGCAAUGUAUAAAAUGUGUUGUAUUUAUGAUGUGAUCAUUUUACAUUUAAUUAUUGAGGAUUUAGGUAUGAGGUCAUUAAAUAUAUUACUAGAAUUACAUGAUAGAUCACACUGGAGAUACAUCAAUUUUUUAUGUUUUUUUUCUAAUUUCAUUUACAGGGAUUUAAGAAAAUCUUGGUGGUAUCAAGGCUCCAAGGCAGCUAUCACAUUUGAAACGUUGUGCAAGUAGCAUCUUAUCUUUUAAGGCUGUUAUCUCUGUGGAGGCAUGCCUAAUUGCUUUGCAAAUGAUCUAAAGAGGAUUACUAAUCCCACAGAAAGCAUCUGCACCAUGUUACCACAUGUAAGAGAGAUGUUACAAUUCUGAAAUUCAGUAUUAACAAAGAUUUUAUGUAGCAGAUGCAUUUUUGGUUUUAUAACAUAGAGCUGAAGAAAAACAGAUGAACUGCUGGGUUCUUUAAUGUUCUGUGAACUUGUGUGUGGCUAUUAGAAACUGUUUUUAAAGGUUAUAGUUAAACUCAAGUCAUUUGUGUAUUUUGAAUGUUUUGAAAGAAUCACACAUGAAAUAGUGUUAUGUAAGAAACAUCAGUAUUUAUACAUUUUAAAUGCAAUGCUGAAUUCAUCUGCAAUAAAUUAGUUUUGGUGAUCAGAA